AUGGACAUCAACGUUGAGGCCAGAAAGCAGGCCUUGGAGUUGGCCGCCGAUGUCAACGUUAGCGAAAAGUCAAGGAGCGCCCUUGCAGGGGAACUCUCUCGGUUGCACGUCCCUGACCAAAUCUGUGAUUCCAUGGUGGAUAAGAUAGUAGCCGAUGCUUUUAGGACUGCGAAGCGAACUAGUUCUGAGACUAACUGCAUGAUUCUACAUUUUGUGGUUGAUAUCUUUCUUCAUGUCGUUACGGUACCGUAUUCUGUUGAUCCUGCGUUCGAGCCGGCAAGUAAAUCGACGAUUGAGGGGUUGGAGAAGGCGAGAGUGGAGGUGCCAACAAUGUGUUCGGUUUGUUUGGAGACAAUGGUGGUUGGUCUUGAAGCAGCUCGUAUGCCGUGUUUGCAUCUCUAUCAUGGACGUUGCAUUGUGAAGUGGCUGGGCCAGAGCAGGUUUUGCCCGCUGUGUCGGUAUUCUAUGCCGAUCGAAACACUCGUGAAUGUAACUUGA